CAAGGACCACGAACCCCGAGAGGAUAACGAAUACCGAACACCAAACACUGUCCUCAAUACGUGUCACCUUUCUCUCUGAUUAGCACCAAGCCACUAGGAAAUGCCCCCGGAAUAAGUAUUCGAAGCAAGGCACGUGAUAAAGCUCAGUUGCGAGAUUCCUGCACCCAGCAAAACACAACAAAAAGGACGAGUGUCAUCUAGAUAGACUGCCCAGCAUUACCAGUCCCAACACCACCAGUCCGCCUACUCUGCGUGACCAGCCCCCCACUCAGGCACCCGUUAUACCCACAAUCCACCAUGUCCAGUGCUAUACAGAACAGGACGUUCGAAUUCCAACAAUGUGUGUCUACAUUUGACAAGAUAAAUAAGAAGCAGAACCAGCUUCCACGAGAAGCACCAUCGGGGCCAGUCAAGAAAUCGCGGUUCAGCCAGCAGGCCAGUAUUAUUGCCAAAGACAUAUCGCAUGUGACUGAGUUGUUGAGCAAAUUAGCAUUAUUGGCCAAGAGAAAGCCGUUGUUCGAUGACAAGCCGGUGGAAAUAGGCGAAUUGACGUACGUGAUCAAGCAGGACAUCUUCAAGAUCGAGCAGAGCAUGCAGAACUUGCAGCGGUUCGUCAAGGGCGACAGCUCGGUCCAGAUCGACUCGCAGACAUCCCAGUUUUCCAAGAACGUGGUGAACCUCUUGAACUCCAAGAUGAAGAACGUGAGUGGAGAGUUCAAGAACGUGUUGGAAAUCCGCCAAAAGAACGAGAUCAUGAACAAGAACCGGACCGAGAACUUUCUCUCUGCCACCAGCAACCGCACCGGCAACAACGAGUCGCCCAACCCCACCAAUAAUUUAUCGCACUUGGGAGAGAACCCAUACCUCAUGUCGGCACAGCACAGCCAGAACUCGUUGCCCUACGACCCAGACCGGGACCCCGACGACGUGGUUCCAUAUUCCAACGGGGACUACCUUCUGAUCCCCAGCCAGACCCAGCAGAUGCUCAUGAUGGAGGAACAGGGUUCGCAGUACCUCCAGCAGAGAAACCGGGCGGUUGAAACCAUAGAGUCCACCAUCAACGAGGUGGGAAACCUCUUCCAACAGUUGGCCACCAUGGUCAGCGAGCAGGGCGAGCAGAUCCAGAGAAUCGACGAGAACGUCGAGGACAUCAGCUUGAACAUCUCGGGUGCCCAGAGAGAAUUGUUGAAGUACUACGCACACAUCACCAACAACAGAUGGCUCUUUUUGAAGAUCUUCGGGGUGUUGAUUGUGUUCUUCUUCUUGUGGGUGCUUGUCAGCUAGACGCAUGCACACGCAUCACCAACAACAACAUAUGGUUCUUCUUCUUGGCCGUCAGCUAGCCCUUGUUGAAGAUCUUCUACAGCUUCUUCUUGCGGGUGCUUCAGCUAGCCGCACUGGGCUAUAAUCUCCUGCCAGGUAGUGCGCGGCCCACUCCUCCGCCAGUGUCAUUAGCGACUAUUGGUGACUGAGGGAGAACCACGGAGCGACUAGACACCAUCACCUCUUUCAUUAGAUACCUCCAUACAUCCCACCAUUAAUUGACAAGUGUGGCACUGUCAUACUGAGCAACAAGCAAUAC